UUUGCGUUGGAAAAAAGGAAAAAAUGACUCCACUCUGUAGCAGCACAUCUCAUCGCCAUCACGAUCUGGCUGUCCCGCUCACGCCGAACCACGUUCGCUCAGUAUCAGUCUCAGUCCCAACCUCAUAGAGCAUCUUCAAUUUCAGAUUCAAAUCUCUCUCUCUCUCACGCACCGUCUUCGUCCUCCAUGGAAGAAAGCAGCAACAGUAAAGCCCUCAUCAACCAUUCCUCCACCCGAAAAGGCGGCUGGCACGCAGCCAUCUUCAUCAUCUCUGUUGAGUUCGCUGAGAGAUUCGCGUACCAGGGAUUGGCGUCAAACCUGAUAACUUACCUGACCAAUGUUCUUCGCCAGCCGGUUGCGACGGCGGCCAAAAACGUCAAUACUUGGGUCGGCUUUUCGUCUCUGUUUCCUUUGCUGGGCGGCUUCGUCGCUGACUCAUUUCUGGGUCGUUUCAACACCAUCCUCUUGUCCUCCUUCAUCUAUCUGCUGGGCAUGAUUCUAUUGACACUAUCUGUGUCAGCAAUAAAACACACAACCCUGUUUUUUGUGGCCCUUUAUAUUCUAUCAAUUGGAGAUGGCGGGCACAAACCGUGCGUACAGACAUUUGCUGCCGAUCAGUUUGACGACGACACGCCACAAGAGAGAGAUGCCAAAAGCUCAUUCUUCAAUUGGUGGUACCUGGGAGUUGUUGGCGGUUCUACUCUUGCCGUUUUCGUUGUGAUAUAUCUUCAGGACAAUGUUGGGUGGGAUGUGGGCCUGGGAGUACUAGCUGGCGUCUUAGCUUUAGCACUGGCACUGUUCUUAUUGGGCAUCAAAAGGUUUAGGAUGGAAGGCCCAACUGGAAGCCCAUUUACUAGUAUGGCCCAAGUUUUUGUGGCUUCCGCUCGAAAGUGGCGAGUGGAGAUGGAGACCCAACCUGGUUCUCAUGUUUACUGGUAUGGCGAUGAGGAGGACGUUGGACUCCAUUUCCAAGGUCAACCCAAGUCUCAUUCUUUGGCUCGCACUGAUCAAUUCAGAUUUCUUGAGAAGGCAAUGAUCAUUGAUGACAUUGAUGCUUCAAGCAAAACAAAAAAUCCAUGGAGACUAUGUUCAGUAACUCAAGUAGAAGAAGUCAAGCAAGUUCUUCGUCUCAUUCCCAUAUGGCUUAGCUGUUUAAUGUUCCAUGUUGUCCAAGCUCAGCUCCACACUUUCGUCACCAAACAAGCCAGCACAAUGGUACGUACAAUCGGACCACACUUUCAAAUCCCUCCUGCGUCACUUCAAGGUACCAUUGGACUCACAAUCCUCAUCACAGUGCCAAUAUAUGACCGGGUUUUUGUGCCCUUAGCUAGAAAAUUCACAGGCCAUCACUCUGGCAUCACAGUUUUGCAAAGGAUUGGUAUAGGUCUAUUCUUGUCCAUACUGAACAUGAUUGUCUCGGCCUUAGUAGAAUCGAAAAGGAUUAGUGUUGCUAGACAAUAUCAUCUUUUAGAUCGACCUGAAGCUAUGCUACCGAUGAGCGUAUGGUGGUUGUUGCCUCAGCAUAUGAUCACUGGUGUUUCUGAUGCAUUCACCACUGUAGGACUGCAAGAACUGUUCUAUGAUCAAAUGCCAGAGGCAAUGAGAAGUGUUGGUGCUGCAGCAUAUAUAAGCAUUGUAGGAGUUGGAAGCUUGGCUAGUAAUGUAAUUAUAGUUGCUGUUGAGGAAAUUAGCUCAAAUUUUGGUGAGAAAUCGUUGGGAAACAAUUUGAACAGGGCACACCUUGAUGAGUUUUACUGGGUUUUGGCUGGUUUAAGUGCUUUGAGUUUGUGGGUUUAUAUUUAUCUUGCUAAGAAUUUUGUGUACAAAAAGAGUAAUUAUGGUGGUUGAAACUUUGUUACCAACUGCCGGUUUCUAGUCUCAAUGCCAUGAUAAAUUGUUCCAUAUGACAAAGGAAAGAGUAUGGAAGUGAAAUAAAAUUUUGUAAAUAUUCUGAUUUAGCAUUAUUCCUAAUAUUAGUUAACCGAAUUAUUCACAAUAAAA